AGCUGUGUAUAUAUAUAGGAUCCUUAUUUGAUCAUUCUCCAACAACCAAUUCAAUUAUAAUUCCACAUUGCUUCUCCUUUUCUAUAACUUUGUUAUAAUAAUAAACAUAAAUGCCUACUCUAGUAGUCGAAGAAUCCCAUACCAACUUGAAGUCCAUUUUUGGCGCUUCAGGAGUGAAAGGCAAAAAAGUCACAACUUUGCCCCCCGAAAUUACUAUCUCUCAUUUCAUUCAAUCCAUUAUUAAAAACAAAUCAUCCCAAAUUGACUCACCAUUCAGUGUCCUUGAUUUAAGGGUCCUAAUGGACCUCAUGACCAAAUGGACCACUAAACUUCCAACCGUUAAACCUUAUUACGCCGUUAAGUGUAACCCAAAUCUUUCACUCAUUGGUACACUAGCUUCACUCGGCUCCAAUUUCGACUGCGCUAGCCGAGCCGAAAUUGAAGCCGUUUUAUCACUCGGUGUUUCACCCGAUAGAAUCAUUUACGCUAACCCGUGUAAAUCCGAGUCACACAUUAAAUACGCCGCAAAUGUCGGUGUAAACAUAACAACCUACGAUUCCGUUGGAGAAAUUGAUAAAAUAAAAAAAUGGCACCCAAAAUGUGAAUUGGUUCUACGUAUCAAGCCACAAGAAGAUAGCGGCGCAAGGUCGUGUUUGGGACUCAAAUACGGAGCGCUGGUCGAAGAAGUUCCUGAGCUUCUUAAAGCUGCUGACGUGGCAGGGCUUAAAGUAAUUGGCGUGUCGUUCCACAUAGGUAGUGGAGGAGGCAACGCGAUGGCUUACCAUGGAGCCAUCGCGUUGGCUAAAAAUGUUUUUGAAACGGCUUCACUACUCGGAAUGCCUAAAAUGAAAAUCCUAAACAUAGGUGGAGGAUUCACGUCUGGAACAAAAUUUGAUGUAGCUGCUCUUAAUGUGAACGAUGCGAUUAAAACAUAUUUUGGUAACGACGAGGAUCUUGUUGUUAUUGGUGAACCCGGUCGUUACUUUGCGGAAACGUCAUUUACAUUAGCAACAAAAAUUAUUGGAAAGCGCGUUAGAGGUGAAUUGAAGGAGUAUUGGAUUGAUGAUGGAAUUUAUGGAACUCUGAAUAACAUUAUGUUUGAUUUUGCUAUUGUGAGUUGCACGCCAAUGAGGUUUAGUUCAAAACAUGAGAAAAACGUUAGAGACACAAAAAGUUAUGCUUCAACUGUUUUUGGGCCCACUUGUGAUUCAGUUGAUACGGUUCUUAAAGAGUACGAGCUACCUGAACUUGAGGUAAACGAUUGGCUUGUGUUUCAGAAUAUGGGUGCUUAUACACUUUCUUCUGGGACCAAUUUCAAUGGGUUUAGUUCCUCAGCUAAGAAUAUCUACCUUGCAUGUUCAACUCCUGUUCCACGAGAAGAAACCAACUUCUGAUCAAUAAAUAUUCCUUACUUUAUGUCGUUUUUUUUAUUAGUCUCAUUUUCUUGUAAUCAUUGUCACUUUCAAUUUUCUCAUUUGCCAAUAUUUGUAUCUUUUGAUAUUUGGAAUUAUGUAUUUGUACUUUUAGAAUGUUGCA